CCCCCCCACGCCGGCCGGUAGCCACUCGCCAGGGAGGAGGACCUCCCUCUCCUCCCUCUCCUCUCCAGCCGCUCCGCGUGUUGGAGAGCGAGAGGGCUCCGAGCUGCCGAGGAGGGGGAUGAAGCACUGUAUGGACUGCUUCUCCCAUGAUGGUGAUCUCAAGAAGCCCUUCGAGUUGGACAUCCACGGACGAGGCCAGGGCUACGCGGGGCGCUCGGUGAGGAACUCGGGUGCCGACGGCUUCCCCGUGACGGCCGCUCUCAAGUCGCUCAUCGCCGCCCCGAGGCUCCCCGACGACGCAUUUCCCUACAAACCGCUGCUCGCAGACGGCAGCCCUCCAGCCCCUCCAGCUGCUGCCGCUGCCGCAAGCAGGCAAUCAAAGCGCUUCGGAAGCAUUUGUGACGGUUUGGUGCCUCGCGCCGAGCCGGAGGAGAUGACGACGGAGACCCCCGGCCAGGAUGGUGGCGCGGCGCGGCCACCGACGCGCGUCAAGCCCAACCUCGACGCGUUCGGCUACGUGGGCAUCGACGCCGUGCUGGAGCAGAUGCGGCGCAAGGCCAUGAAGCAGGGCUUCGAGUUCAACAUCAUGGUGGUCGGGCAGAGCGGACUGGGCAAGUCGACCCUGGUGAACACGCUGUUCAAGUCUCCUGUGAGCCGCAAGUCGUGUACCCCCAACCACGAGGAGAAGAUCCCCAAGACGGUGGAGAUCAAGUCUGUGAGCCACGUCAUCGAAGAGAAGGGGGUGAAGAUGAAGUUGACGGUGAUCGACACUCCCGGAUUUGGGGACCAAAUAAAUAACAACAACUGCUGGGAGCCCGUGCUCAAGUACAUCAACGACCAAUACGAGAAGUACCUCGCGGAGGAGGUGAACAUCACGCGGAAGAAGAUCAUCCCCGACAGCAGGGUGCACUGCUGCAUCUACUUCAUCCCGGCCACCGGGCACUCGCUGAGGCUCCUGGACAUCGAGUUCAUGAAGCGCCUCGGGAAGGUGGUGAACAUCGUGCCGGUGAUCGCCAAGUCGGACACGCUGACGCUGGAGGAGAGGCAGGCCUUCAAGAAGAAGAUCCGGGAGCAGCUGGAGACGCAGGGCAUCAGCAUCUACCCCCACAAGGAGCACGACGAGGACGAGGAGGAUCGCUCCGCCAACAACAAAAUCCGGGAGCUAAUGCCGUUCGCCGUCGUCGGCAGCGACAAGGAUUACCUCGUCAACGGCCGCAAGAUGCUCGGGAGGAAAACAAAGUGGGGGAUCAUCGAGGUUGAGAACGUGGCGCACUGCGAGUUCUCUCAGCUGCGGGAGCUGCUGAUCAGGUCCCACACGCAGGACCUGAAGGAGGUGACGUCGUGCGUUCACUACGAGGGGUACCGAGUGCUGCGACUCAGCGAGGGCGGCAAGGACGUCGCAUCGGUCAACGGCCUCGCUGCCAAGGAGCAGCUCGCCUGAGCGACGGUCACGGCGCCCAAUCCAGUCCCUGUGGCCCAGCCCGAAGAAUCGGUUCUGAAUCGUCCGUGGUCUCCGUCUUUGUCUCGCCGUCUCGAGCACGCUCGGGAGGGCACGCGCACGCAGAGCGAUCACUCCGAGGGUGUCUGUUACGGCUUCUGUUUUAGGUGACUUAUCAACACGAGGGCUUCUCUAGUGAAUCCCAAGCACCGUCGUCGGGUAAGGGUAGACAGUGUCCCACCAUUGCGAAUUUGACACGUUUGGAUAAAUUGUAACGAGCCCAGUAUCUCUGCAUUGAUAUAAUAUUAAUAUAAGAUCGACACAAUAGUUGAUUUGUGGCUCGAGCCCUUGUUGUACUCAAAUACCUCUCUUCCAUUGUACAACCGAGCCAACGCUGAGCCAGCUCAGCAUGGCUCAGGAGUCGCCAGGUUGUGUUUCCACUACAGAGUGCCUGAACCGUGUCACUUACAUCACAUUGCAUAAGUACACUUCCUCGAUUGUACCGACUUAACGCGUGGCAGAAAUGGUUAACCCCUGGCCCUGCUUGACCUCGAGCCAGAUCCAGUUUAACGGUGCGGUUCUGGCUUGGCUCUGCCAAUAGUCAAAGGAGGGCCCCACGCUGGCACGGCUCUGAUGUGCAGUGGAAAAUGGGUAACUUUGAUCUGCUUAUUGGACGCCAAUGAAAUGAGAGAGUUAUCAUCGUCAGACACUUGGAACGAUCACGACGCGUUUACGUGGCCUAGCGGUGUCCAGAGGCUACCACGUACGCUACCUCCAAGUGGAGGGUUCGGUGAUUCAAAAAAAUAUAAAGUAUAAGAUUUGGUUCAAUCCUGCCUAUCGCACGGGCAGUUUAUUGAAGAGUACAUGCGACUCCUCAACCCUUCCUCACAUGCAGCGUUGUUGCUCGAACGUUUAUAAAAACAACUCAACGAAAGAGGAGCUGUUGGUGAGGAUUGCGGACGAGUGCAUCCCAUUACCCACAGUCCCCACCACACCGCUGUGUCGUGGAUCUUCUCAAACCCUGCCUUGUUUUAUUUUGUCUGUGGUACAACCCAUCGUGUCCUCCGAGUGAAAUCCCGCCAUUCCCUGACCACACCGACUUGUUGUUUAUAGCCGUGUUGUUGACGUGACAAGUGCAAUGUUUGUAGCUUUUGAUGAAAUGCAUUAUCGCCGUGACGUGCCAACUUUUCACAACAGUUCAACUGCGUUUUUAACCUGUUUACUGCCCGAGAGGAGAUUUGUCUUAACGUAGGAGCGUUGGUAUUUCUCAUCCAUAACCUUGUCUUGUUUAUAUUGUUGUCGUUGGGUUUUUUUCCCGCUGUGUUGGUUUUUUUUUGUCCUCUUGCCUGCCAUCGCUGUUUGACUCUUCUCAGGAAAGCCAGCUUUGUAAUGGAGAGCAGUUAAGCGGUGCAACGUUAGUCACGGUAUGAACUUUAGAAGCCGAAUCCUUGGGGAGGUUAAAACUUUUUGUAUUUUUCACACGCACACGUGGCGGCUUGAAGCACGGGUCACAGUCAUUUGUCAUCGUUUGUGGUAAAACCUGAUAUCAGAAUCAUAAUAAUAAUUGUCUUGGAUGUUUGGAGAAAAUAAUAGCCAUGCGACUGCAGAAUUGUCUCUCAAUGUAAGCGAGGCCGUGGUCUCAUCUGAGAACACAACAGAAAAACCGAAACCCUUUCACAAUUGUGCAUCUCAUUGCGGACUGUGAAGUGCUUUGUCUUAGUUUAUGCAACGUAACGAAAUAAAGGACACGUGCUUUUCUGCAAAAAAAAAUA